GGCCGACGUGGCUAAGUCAACGAAAUGAAAUGAAAAAUAUUGCCAAGUACAAAAUCCUGGUUGCCUUGUCAGUUGUUUUCGUGUGUUCACUGUGUUCCUACAAGAUACUCUCGAAGAUAUGGUCAAAUGGGACUUACGAUUUCAGUGGCACAAGCAGGACAAGCACCAGAAAUGGGUUUCUGAAUCUUCCUUGGAAGCCGCGAAAAGGAAGCAAUAAGCAGGAUCCACUUGGUAGGACGAAUAAGAAUCGAAUGACAAACGAUGGAGAAAGGAAUUCCGGCCAUUUUAUCCAUAAAGUAAUUCCGAUUUCAAAGCAAGGCAAAAAAGAAUUCUACGAGGAACAGAAACGAAAACAAUGUGGCGUUGGUUGGCAGAAGCGAUACGUUGAAUACCACAAACAAGUUCUUCGCUCAGAAAGACCUGGAAAAUUUUUGGUUUACCUUUGCGGUGGGAAAGACUAUGGAUGUGGAGGUUACGGCAACAGGUUGAAUGGAAUAGCUUCACUUCUGCUCCUUGCAAUUCUAACAGACCGAGUUUUCCUAAUAGAUUGGAACUAUUCCAUUUCAUUGAAAGACUAUUUUCUUCCCAACAAGAUUGAUUGGAGUUUUUCUCUUGACAAGAUUGACAGAUUGAAUUCAAGCCGUAGCUACUGGGGAGCAGGACAUCCUGCUGAAGCAACGAUAGGUGUCCGUAGACCGUUUAAAGACCAUUCUCAUUUCAAGGAUUUUAUCACUGAGACUGACUUCCGGACACACUUCGAUCGUCCUGUAGAAAUCGUCACAGCGAUGUGGUAUUUUGUAGACGCGUUAAAAGAAAAUCGAUUUCUCAACGGAAAACUUUCGGAAAUGUCUCUCGGGGAUCGUCGGUUUUCUUGGAUCGGCUGCGCAUUUGAUUUUCUUUUUGCAAAGACUAAAGCUAUAGAAGAAAGAUUGCAGGAAGCAAGAACGUCUACCGGGAUUGGACAGGGCAUGCCUACUAUUGGCAUGCACAUUCGUAUGGGAGAUACAGUAUUUGGGAAAAUGUCCCAAAAGGGAUCUAUAAGAACUAGAAACUAUAUGACGAUAGUAAGCUGUACCUUUGCAUUAGAGAAGGCAAUUCACGAAGCAAAUCCCCAGAUAUCCAAGGCACGCUUACGCAUCUUUUUAGCUUCAGAUGAUGUUAACCUCAAACGUUUGUUGUUGAAAAAAUACCCCAGCUUUGUGUCGCUUGACGUGAAAGUCGAGCAUAUUUCUUUCUUUCGGCGUAAGAAAAACCUGCCGUCCAAGGAAGGAAUGGUAGGAGUGUUGCUGGAUCACUUCUUGUUGUCGGAAUGCGAUUUUCUUGUUUUAUCGAGGAGUACUUUUGGUAUGACAGCUGCCGGGCUUACGUUUCAUCCAAAAGAAUCGUAUACGCUCAAGGAUAAAUGUAGCUAUUAGAGGGUUUUAGAUAGCCGCUCACGGCAAACGUGUAACGCAAGAUGAUCAGUGAAAAAUUGUUUCAAAUGACUGAAAAGGAAUUGCGAAAAAAUCCAAGUAGUAGAAAAACAAAAGAAUAUUUGUUUGUGAUAUGAAAGUUUGCAAAAGGUAAAGUAAAAUACAGGAAAACUAUGAAAAUGUGGUCACGUUUGCCGUUUGCGGGAAGAAAAAAAAUUCAAUCUAAAACUCUCUAUUUUAAAACUGAGUCACCCUCACCCUGAAACAGGGUGAAUCCUGACCAACUUGACCACGACGUCGGCAGGUGUAAAACACCUCACAGACCUGCGCAAUAGAAAAAUACUUGGUAGUUGUAUCGUAUCUUUUUUAGAGCGCUUUUCAAGUUUCUGCGACCAAGGCAAACUACAGACGUCUGGGUUUUUGGAUUACGUCAAUCAGAAAUUGACCGCUGUAGGUUUGGUUAAGCACGUGAAUACUAAUCGCGGCUGGAAUUGUCUGGCCCGCAGAAAUAUUAGCUUUGAGGUCUCGAUUCAUUUGGUGAAGAAUGAAAGUACAAAGUACAAGGUCACCUAAUCAGA